UUCACCAAACCUAUGAUCAGAUGAUCAAAAACAAACAAAAAAUUGUCAUUUACCUCACAUUCUCAUUGAGAUACAUUUCACAAACCUUUUCAACAUGUCUGAACAGUCCUUGCUUAAUGAUGUCAAGGACUAUUAUGGAAAAGUGCUGAAAACAUCUGAUGAUUUGAAGACAAAUGCUUGCAAAACUGCUUGCCAGAAAAUGCCAAAUCAUCUUCUGAAAACCAUGAAGCUUGUCCAUGACGAUGUUGUUGCUAAGUAUUAUGGUUGUGGACUCAUCAUCCCAGAAAAUGUCCAGGGGUGUAAAGUUUUGGACCUCGGGAGUGGAAGCGGAAGAGACUGUUACAUCCUCAGUAAACUUGUGGGAGAGAAUGGCCAAGUGACAGGAAUCGAUAUGACAGAAGAACAGAUUGAUGUGGCACGGAAGUACAUUGAUUACCACACCAAAACAUUUGGAUUCAGCAAACCAAAUGUCGAGUUCAAGAAGGGUUACAUUGAAAGGCUUCGGGAAGCAGGCAUUGCAAAGAAUGAGUAUGAUGUCAUAGUAUCCAACUGUGUAGUUAAUCUAUCCCCAGAUAAAAGGGCAGUUCUAAGGGAGGCGUACGAUUCACUUAAGGUUGGAGGAGAAAUGUACUUCAGUGAUGUCUACUGUGACAAAUUCUUACCAGAGCAUAUCCGAAAAGAUAAGGUUCUGUGGGGAGAGUGCCUCUCAGGGGCUCUAGCUUGGACAGAGUUGGUGCAGCUGGCUGAGGAAGUUGGUUUCUGUAAACCAAGACUUGUGAAGGCAAGCCCCAUCACUGUUGACAAUGAAGAAAUGGAGAAGAUUGUCACUGGCUACAAGUUUGUAUCUGCAACAUAUCGUCUGGUGAAAUUACCGCUCGACCUUCAACCAAAAUGUCAAGUGAUAUAUGAAGGCAAUAUUGAGGGAGCAGAGGAAGAAUUCUUCUUAGACUAUGCCACAUCGUUCAAAGCAGGUGAUGUAGUAUCAGUGGAUUCGGAGGUUGCCACCAUCUUACACUGCUCGCGAUACAAUAGUGACUUCACCUUACAGCCAUGUGACAAGGGACAGAAUGGAUCUGCUUGUUGUCCGACAACCAAGAAACACAAUCCAGACCCAUUUGCUCUACUGGAGGGAAAAGGAUAUACUGAUGUCGGAUGUUGUGGCCCAAGCAAGAAGGAUUCAGGAUGCUCUCCUCCCACUAGUAGCAAGGCCCAAGGGUGUUGUCCUGCCAGCACUUAGGCGUCAGGGUGCUGCCCUCCCAACAACACAGGUUCUGGGUGCUCCUCCUCAGGAGAUUAGGGAUCGGAGUGCUGUUGAGGGAUUAGACAUUAAGCUUAGAUUCUGCUGUGGAUCACUCCAAAAGGGAGGACUCUUAUAACUGGCAUUGUAGAGCUGGCUGUGAUUAACUUGGUAUUCCUCUUAUUAUGAUGAAUCUUUGAAUGGACCAUCUAACGGAAUUUGAUAGCUCAUACAACAGCCUCCACUGGGGAGGAUGAUUAUUAUAUAAUAGUAAAUGAACUGAUGUUGUAAAUUCUGCCAUGAUCCGACAGCUUGGUGCACGAAAAAAGAAUUUUAAAAAACGGUGCUGCGGCCAACUGACUGGAAUACCAAGUCUAGACUGUUCAUGCAAUGUUGUUUGAAGACAUUAUCAAAUGUAUCUAGUUGAAAUUAUGGAAACUUACUUGCCAAUAUCCUGCAAGCCACUUACUUUUCAGCUAAGAAAACUGUCAAACACUGUCAUGAACUUUUUAUUUGAUACCUUUUGAUUUGAUGCUUUGUUGGCUUCAAGUACCCCUUUGUUGAUAUAUAUUUCUGCAAAUACAUGUACAUGUACAUUUC